AUGCUACGAACAUGCGUUGCCAGUCGAAACGCUUUAAUACCUGCUCAGAGAGCAUUCUCUACUACCUCUACGCGCUCUGCAUCUAAAAAGAAGAAAAAGAAGCCCGCAACAGUCCUCAAACCGAUCCCAAUUCCCUCAUUGUCUGACCCAAACCUUGCAAACUUCUCCGAAAAACUACGAAAGCGGCUUUUAGGUCUAAAUAAUGAUGAGAAAGCCAACGUUGCAUCGAAGGUUGCAUCGUUGGAAGACACCUCCAAGGAUGCCAUGGAUGAUAUCAACCGAAUUGUAACAGGCUGGGGAGAAGAUAAGCUCGCCCCUAAACCGGACCCAACGACGAGUCAAAGUCCUGAAGGUCAAAGUCGCGAUCCCCCAGCCCACAAUUCAAAGGUCGAUCUAGGAAUGGUCCGGCAGUUUGAAAUCGAGGCUUUCUACAGACAUGGUCGCACAAUGCCCCUUUUUGAGCGUCGAUUGCAAGUCUGGUUGCCUCAACCAUCCAAGGAAGAGCCAACAUUGGUCAUGAUUGAGCCACCGCAUGAACAACCGCCCAUAGCACAACUGGCACACUCUCUAGAUCGGGUGCUAUUCAACCCUGGACCCCACUGGCUACGGGAGCCUCGUUCCGGAGUGUACAAUUUUGAUUCCCAUUUGGAGAAACUGCCGGACAUCCAUACGUUCGACUUUGAUCGCCUCGAGCCAUACACGCCGAGCUCGAAGGACGAGACUUUAGCCGCUCUUGUAAAAAGAGAAGGCAAGCAAUUUGGGGGUUCAACCUCUUCGCUUACCACCCUCUUGUCGCACAUCUAUCUCCUGCUCUGCCACGAGAGAGGAAUCGACACGUCAAGUCUUAGUGUAGCUUUCUCAAAGAAGCCGACAGGGUUUAGUCAGAGUGCGAGAUGGCCAGGAGGCGUGACUUUCCGUCAUUACGACUGCAUUUACUGCAUCGAUUCUCAUGAGAUAGACGAACAGGAAAAGAACUUAUUGCUCAAUAUGGGGACUAUGCUAGAAAAGUUUGUCACGCAAACACCUGAGCAGUUUUCUCAGUUGUUACGAUCCACGCCGACAACUGAGGAUGAGGGAGCUAUGAAGAAACCGGAAACUUAUCGUUAUUCUACGGCAAGUCGGUGCUUAGCAGCGGCUGCCUUGCUAAUCCCAAGCGUUAGUCGCGCAAGAGUUUUCGAUAUCAAGACUCGAGCAGCGGUCGCUAUCCGUUAUGAUCCUCUUAAUGUCGAGAAUAACUCCAACUACAUGAUCAAAACGCUACAUGGGGAUCUCGAAAGCUUUGAGCGGGAGCAAUACGACCUGUUCCGGGCCGCUUUUCUAAAAUACCAGUUCCAAGUGAGGAUCGGAGGCAUGGACGGUAUCUUCGUUGCCUACCAUAACACCUCUCGCUUUUUCGGAUUCCAAUAUUUCAACCGGGAAGACAUGGACUCACGACUGUUCGGUGGAUCAACAGAGGGAGACCGCGUCUUUGACCGAUGCGUACAGUGUCUGGAGGAGAUUGCUAAUGAGGUGACGAUGUGCUAUCCCGGACAGUCUGUCAGGUGUCUCUUUGAAAGUUCAGACGAAGAUCAAUCUUUGCGUAUCUACGUCGAGCCGGAGGAAUGGGACGAAACUCGGGGAGACCGACCAAUAACGGAGCUACUCAUCACUGCGACCAAUUUUGUGGAUGGGGAGCGAGUGGUCGGCCCUAUGGACUUUUCUCGUGCUCAAUGGUCAACACUUCUAAACGUUACACGAUCGUCUUCGACUGUCCCAAGUCUUGUGGAAUCGAUCAGAACAGAAAGAGAUGCACUGGAGAAGAAGAAGAACGCGUUUUCAUUUUGGCUUCCCGAAGACAUGAGCGCAGUGGAGAUGGCAGACAAAUGGCAGAAGCUCAAUUACCGCAAGGAACGGGAGAGCGACGACGACGAGACCACCCAGACAAACGGCGUCAAAUCCAAAGAGUGGAAAGAGGAGCAAAAGAGGCUGAUUGAAAUGUUUUCAUCUCGACGAGUACCGUCGCCGUUCGUCGCUACACUGCGCAAGCUGGCGUCGGAAGGUAAGACGUACCUGGAGGAGCUCGAGCAAGGUGGUGCAAUGCAGGAGCAUUCGAGUCUGGCAGAGGAUAUCUUGACCGUGCCAGUGCAGGAAGCUAUCCAGGACGGUUAUGAGCCGUCCCCUGAACCUGACGCCACGCCAGUGGAUCAGAACGCGGUUCCCGUUGUCGAGAUCGAGAGGCAUUCUUCGACAGUACGAGGGGUCGCUUCUGCUGAUGGAAUUAGUGUGCAAGACGCGCCAAUAGGAGAAGCGGGCCUUGCGUUUGGCACGGUUGAGGACGCUAUCCUGGUAGGGAUUAUUCCGCAUAUUGUGAUCGCGCGUUGUCGCUCACCGCCGUCUUUGAUCCAGAAUUCAGCCGAAGUUGGAAUGGUUGUCGGCGAUGAUGAUCCAAUUACGCCGCCCGAAGGCGCAGAACAGGGUAUUUCUCCUACCCGCCCAUGGGAAUCGAGCGUACCGUCGUCCGAAGAAUCGCAGCGUAAUGUCCUAGAUCCGACAUCGACCAAGGGCGACUCCCACGGUCCUCCAGUGUCUCUAGAGCCCGGGAUGAUGCGCCUCAAUGGUGAUGGGCAGCUUGAAUUCGAGGACCCCUCUUCCGACUCCGCCGCCGAUGUAGACUUGCGUACUGAGGAUCAGGCGUGGAGUAGUUCUCCGAGCAAACAAGGAGACGUUGACCCGAAGGGAUCGGACACUCAAGCUUGGCCGAAGCACCUUCCUGGCGUCGAAGAAGACGAACACAGGCGCCAAACAUAG